AAAUUCAAACGUGUUUGAGGAGAGGGGUCUGGAUUCCAUCUUUUCUUCCCUACUCCGCUUUCUGGCGGUGAGUUCUCCCUCGCGGGCACACCGAGGAACGGCGGCGGCCCGUGUGUGGGCUCUUUAGCCACAAGGGUCGGUGAGUGGUUAGGGCGCGGCGGGGAGGACUCAGAGCCUGGUAGAAGACGUAGGGCGCGGCUAAACGAACUGAAGGGGGAGAGGAGGUCUCGCUGCUUCCGGCAAUCCAAGGUGGUGAGGGAGAUUUUGUUGAGGACCCAGGAAACAAGAGAAAUGGAGGCUGAGGAGUUAAGUGGCAGAGAAUUGACAAUUGAUUCUAUAAUGAACAAAGUGAGAGAUAUUAAAAAUAAAUUUAAAAAUGAAGACCUUACUGAUGAGCUAAGCUUGAAUAAAGUCUCUGCUGAUAAUACAGAUAACUCGGGAACUGUUAACCAAAUUAUGAUGAUGGCAAACAACCCAGAGGACUGGUUGAAUUUGUUGCUCAAACUAGAGAAAAACAGUGUCCCCCUAAAUGAAGCUCUUUUAAAUAAAUUGAUUGGUCGUUACAGUCAAGCAAUUGAAGCCCUUCCUCCAGAUAAAUAUGGCCAAAAUGAGAGUUUUGCUCAAAUUCAAGUGAGAUUUGCUGAAUUAAAAGCUAUUCAGGAGCCGGACGAUGCCCGUGACUACUUUCAGAUGGCCAGAGCAAACUGCAAGAAAUUUGCUUUUGUGCAUGUAUCUUUUGCACAGUUUGAACUAUCACAAGGUAAUUUCAAAAAAAGUAAACAACUUCUUCAUAAAGCUGUAGAAUGUGGAGCAGUACCACUGGAAAUGCUGGAAAUUGCCAUUCGGAAUUUGAACCUUCAAAAGAAGCAGCUGCUUUCAGAGGAGGAAAAGAAGAGUUUAUUAGUAUUGACUGCUCAAGAAUCAUUCCCCAGUUCACUUGGACACUUACAGAAUAGGAACAUCAGUUGUGAUUCCAGAGGACAAACUACGAAAGCCAGGUUUUUGUAUGGAGAGAACAUGCCCCCUCAAGAUGCAGAGAUAGGUCAUCGAAAUCCCUUGAAACAAACAAACAAAGCUAAACGAUCAUGCCCAUUUGGAAGAGUCCCAGUUAACCUUCUAAGUAGCCCGGAUUAUGGGAAGACAGAUGGUUCAGUUGUACCAAGUUUUACAAAAAGACAGACCUCUGGAUCAGAACGCCGAGAUGUGAUUGUGCCUGGAUCUAAAUCAACUGGAAAUGAUUCCAGUGAAUUGAGACAUUUAAAGUCUAUUCAAAAUAUCCAUUCCAAGGAACCUCUGAUGUUAGAUGAGAAGAGUUCUGAACUUAUUACUGAUUCAGUAACCUUGAAGAAUAAAACGGAAUCAGGUCUUCUAACAAAAUUAGAAGAAACUAAGGAACAUCAAGAACCAAAGGUUCCAGAGAGUAACCAGAAACAGUGGCAGUCUAUGAGAAAGCCAGAAUGUGUAAACCAGAAUCCUGCUGCAUCUUCAAAUCAGUGGCAGAUUCCAGAGAUAUCCCGAAAAGUUGAUAAAGAGCAGAAACAAACCACUCUUGAGCAGCCUGCCUUUUCAGUUUCAAAGCAGUCACCACCAAUAUCAGCACCUAAGAGGAUUGAUCCAAAAUCUAUUUGUAAAACACCCAGUAGCAGUGCCUUGGAUGAUUACAUGAGCUGUUUUAGAACUCCUGUUGUAAAGAAUGACUUCCCACCUGCUUGUCAGUUGUCAACACCUUAUAGCCAACUUGCCUAUUUCCAGCAGCAACGGCAGCAAAUACCUGUUACUCCACUUCAAACUUUACAGAUUUCAGCAUCCUCUUCAACAAAUGAAUGCAUUUCAGUUAAAGGAAGAAUCUAUUCUAUAUUGAAGCAGAUAGGAAGUGGAGGCUCAAGUAAGGUAUUCCAGGUAUUGAAUGAAAAGAAACAGAUACAUGCCAUAAAAUACGUGAACUUAGAAGAAGCAGAUAAUCAAACAAUUGAGAGUUACCGGAAUGAAAUCGCUUACUUGAAUAAACUACAACAACACAGUGAUAAGAUCAUCCGACUUUAUGAUUAUGAAAUCACGGACCAAUACAUUUACAUGGUAAUGGAGUGUGGAAAUAUAGACCUAAAUAGUUGGCUUAAAAAGAAAAAAUCCAUCAAUCCAUGGGAACGCAAAAGUUACUGGAAAAAUAUGUUGGAGGCAGUUUACACAAUUCACCAACAUGGCAUCGUUCACAGUGAUCUGAAACCUGCUAACUUUCUGAUAGUUGAUGGAAUGCUAAAGCUAAUUGACUUUGGGAUUGCAAACCAAAUGCAACCAGAUACAACAAGUAUUGUUAAAGACUCUCAGGUUGGUACAGUUAAUUAUAUGCCACCAGAAGCAAUCAAAGAUAUGUCUUCCUCAAGAGAGAAUGGGAAAUCCAAGUCAAAGAUAAGCCCCAAAAGUGAUGUUUGGUCCUUAGGCUGCAUUUUGUACUAUAUGACUUAUGGGAAGACACCAUUUCAGCAUAUAAUUAAUCAGAUUUCUAAAUUACAUGCCAUAAUUGACCCUAAUCAUGAAAUCGAAUUUCCUGAUAUUCCAGAGAAAGAUCUUCAAGAUGUGUUAAAGUGUUGUUUAAUAAGGGACCCUAAGCAGAGGAUAUCCAUUCCUGAGCUUCUGGCACAUCCAUAUGUUCAAAUUCAAACUCAUCCAGGUAACCAGAUGGCUAAGGGCACCACUGAAGAAAUGAAAUAUGUUCUGGGCCAGCUCGUUGGUCUGAAUUCUCCUAACUCCAUUUUGAAAGCUGCUAAAACUUUAUAUGACCGCUAUAGUAGUGGUGAAAGUCAUGAUUCCUCGUCCUCCAAGACUUUUGAGAAAAAAUGAUUUGCAGCUACUCAUAAAUUGUCAGAUAUCACCUGUAAAAUAUAUUGGACUGUUAUACUCUUGAUUCUCUGUGGAAAUCUGCUCUUAAAGACAACUUCACCCUGAAAUUAUCAAUGGCAGCAAAAUUCAGUGGAUUAUCCUCAGAAGAAAACUGUAAAAAUAAUAACCACUAAUGAUACUGUAUAUAUUAAGUUGUAGAAUUGUUUUCUCUCUUUUAUGCUUUUCUGUAAAGCUACUCUAUUUGGUACCAUUUCACACUUAGAAUAGUGGGUGAACAACUGAAAUAUACCCUGAAGAACUAUGUAAAUAAAGCUUUGUAGCAUAAAAUGACACUAAAAUGUAAAAAUAGUAUAAUUAUUUUCUUUAAGCAAAUGUACUGCUGGUGUGGCAGCAUAAUUCUUAAUAAAAACUGAAUUAAGGGAAGACACAAGAGUAGAUCUUAGUAAAUGAACGUCAAGAAGAAAAUUCCAAACGGUUUGAAUUCUAAAAUAGAUUUCCUAAUUGGUUUAUGGUACUGAUAGAGUCCAGAGUUUUAGGGCUGUACUUUGUUCUUUUAAUUCCCUCUGAUUCUUCGUAAUAUCUAUUGCUUGGUGUUUAGAGUAUCAUGCUGGCUUCUGAGGUAUAAGUUGUAUAGGGCAUGCCCUCACUGUGUGACUUGCUUGGUAAUUGGUAAUUACAAAUGUAUAGUCUUAGAGUCUUCCGGACUGAAUCUACUAGACUCUUCCCCCCGCCCCUCUUCUUUUCUUUUUUUAGAUUUCAAUAGACUUUUUUUUUUAUUAUUAAGAUUCUUUUUUAGAUCAGGUUUAGGUUCACAGUAAAAUUGAGGGGAAUGUACAGAGAUUUCCCAUAUAGCCCUUGCUCUCACACAUGCAGUCUCCCUCAUUAUCAACAUCCCCCCCCAGAUUGGUACAUUUGUUAAAAGUAAUGAGCCUACAUUGACACACCAUAAUAAUCACCCAAAGUCCAUAGUUCACAUACAGUUCACUCUUGGUGAUGUACAUUCUAUAGGUUUGGACAAAUAUAUAAUGACAAGUAUCCAUCAUAAUACUAUCAUAUAGAGUAUUUUCAUUGCCCUAAAAAUCUUCUGUGCUCCUCCUGUUCAUCUGUCCCCUACCCCAUAAUCCCUGGCAAUCACUGAUCUUCUUUUUUUUUUUUUUUUUUAAGAUUUUAUUUAUUUGACAGAGAGAGAGACAGCGAGAGAGGGAACACAAGCAGGGGGAGUGGGAGAGGGAGAAGCAGGUUUCCCGCGGAGCGGGGAGCCCAAUGUGGGGCUCGACCCCAGGACCCUGGGAUCAUGACCUGAGCCGAAGGCAGAUGCUCAACCACUGAGCCACCCAGGCGCCCCAACCACUGAUCUUCUAAUUGUCUCAACAGUGUUGCCUUUUCCAGAACAUUAUAUAGUUGGAGUUAUACAGUAGGUAGACUUUUCAGAUUAGUUUCUUUCACUUAGAAAAAUUCCUCUAGUUCUUUUCAGUGCCUAGUAAUA